CCCUACUGCCGCACCGUUGUCACAAACGAGUACAUGAAGGACGAUUUCAUCAUCAAGAUCGAGACGUGGCACAAACCCGACCUGGGCACCCAGGACAAUGUUCACGGUCUGGACACAGAGACAUGGAAGGACGUGGAAGUCGUUCACAUAGACAUCGCUGACCGGACCCAGGUGUCCGAGGAGGAUUACAAAGCAGACGAAGAUCCGGCUCUUUUCACAUCCGUGAAGACGGGGCGAGGGCCACUCGGUCCAGACUGGAAGCGGGAACUGGCCAGUAACCAGGAGUCUCCCCACAUGUGCGCCUACAAGCUGGUGACGGUGAACUUCCGCUGGUGGGGCCUGCAGGGUCGCAUGGAGAAAUUCAUACACAAGCAAGAGCAACGGCUCUUCACCAAUUUCAACCGGCAGCUCUUCUGCUGGCUGGACAGGUGGGUGGAUCUGAGCAUGGCCGACAUUCGCCGCAUGGGGGGGGGGACGCAGAAG